AUGGUCUACAACAAGCAGGUGGACUUCCUGCUGCAUGCUUUCCACAACGUCCACUCAAUGUCGUACGUAGACCCAAGCUACUCGUUGGUUCGGCUGGCCCUGCCACAAGCCCUGCAGCGGCCGGGCCUCCUGCACGCCUUUGCCGCGUGCGGCGCCGCCAUCUUGUCGAGGACCGAUCCAAGAUGGGAGUCAACGAGUCUGGCCCACCACAUCCAGGCCACUCGCUCCAUCGCCACCGCUCUCGACGACCUUGGUGGCGAUCAGAUGAUGUCCAACGACGAUGAGUGGUUCCUGGCUUCCAUUAAUCUCUUACACAUCUUUGAGACACUGCGCAAUCAUCCUAAGGGUCGACCAAAUACCUUGCAUCUCGCUGCCGCCCAUCAGAUCUAUGGAGGAAGAGCAUCCGCGGGGAGCAUCCAGCCGAUGACGAUUUUGCGCCGCAGAGUCCUGGGCGAGUUUAUCUUCCAGCUGGCCAUCGCAAGUACCUUUCACCCGUCCUUCUUUGAGACUGAACAUUCUUUUCUCUAUGUCCACAACCUGCUGGAAAAAGUGGGCGUCAAUCAGCGAGAGAGAAGAAAAUCAGAAACCAUCAACCAGGAAACCAAAAUUUGCUCGGUUGACCAAUACCUCGAAAUGUUUGAAAAUCCCGUCUUUGACUGGAUAUUUCGUCUGUCGUAUCUGCGCACCCGAGUGCCACUAACAGGCCAGUAUUUGACCGAGGCUGUAGCCAUCCUGGCCUACAUGAGAAAUUGGCGGCCACUCACCUCCUUGGCCGCGACGCAUCUGCCGCGCGAGAUGAUCGCUAUGGCCGAAAUCCAUCGCAUCGCCGGGCUGAUUUUUGCGCACAAAAUCCUCGAUCCCUCCCUCAAACCACGCGACCUGGCCAUCCAGAGCUACGUGCGGCAGGGUACCGCCCUCCUUAACACUUUCCCGAAGUCGAAGCUCAAGGAUACGAGUGUGAUGAUCUGGCCUAUUUUCUUCCUUGGCCUGGCCGCAAUCACAACCGACGAACGAGGCUCCUGUCAGCGACCUCUGCAAUAUCUCUCCUCGGUCUGCGGCAUUGGAUGCACUCGAGGCAUUUUGGCCCUGCUGGAUCAUGCAUGGGCACCCCAGUCGACGUCUUCUGGCAGCAAUGAGGGUCUAGCUCUUGAUGUGCUGUUUCGAGACGACCUUCUUAGCCAGAUCAUCUUCUGA